AUUUAUAGAAAAACUGUAGACGUUACAAUUAAUAUAGUCAUGUUAUUAGGAAUGUAAUCCAUUUCGGUUCACCUCAGUAACUUUUGACAAUGAGUUAUACAAAUAUUAAGAAUUCAACUCAUUCGUUACUGUUUAACUAUUCAGCUACAUUAGCAUUACAUGUACAAAAUUUUACAGAUCCUAAAGUCUUUGGUUUGUCAUCAUGCAUAAUCAUCACACUUAUGUUCGCAUUGAUUGUUGUUUUUUCAAUAUUUGGGAAUAUUUUAGUUAUGUGGAUUAUAUUGAAUAAUCGUAGAAUGCGUACAGUGACUAACUGUUUUUUGUUCAAUUUAUCUGCAGCUGACUUGCUGACAGUAUUCCAGAUUGUACCGAAUGUUUAUUAUGUACUUCACAAUGAUUGGAUUUUCGGUGUUGCUUAUUGUAAAUUCUCACAAUUCUUCACAGCAUUUAACAUCGCUAUCAGUGUGUUUACAUUUAUCGCCAUUGCAUCAGACCGAUAUACCGCUAUCAUGUUCCCACUUCGGCCACGUUCAAAACUGAAAACAGUUAUCUGUGUUAUAGCAGCUAUAUGGUUAAUAUCGUUUGCCAUCGGGUUACCUGGUCUAGUUGUAGCUACCGUUUCUCAAAAAGAAUCAGUACCGUUUGGGAAUAUGAUGAAUUUAACAGACGAAUUCGCUACAGUAAACCAAACUUUCUCUGAGUCUAUCGGUCAAAACGUGUCAAGUGUUUGUAUUUACAGUUGGUCUCCAGAAUGGUCCGAUGCGUAUGAUUACACAUUGUUUAUCUUAAUGUAUGUUCUGCCGUUGAUAAUACUCGCCGCCACCUAUGUCCCAAUCUCAAUUCACUUAUGGUUUCAUAGAGGACUUGGAGAGGUUACCAGAGCACAAGCUCAAAAUGUUCGUUCUAAAAGACGUGCUGUGAAAAUGCUUUGCGCAGUUAUGCUUAUAUUCGCGAUAUGUUGGCUACCGUAUCAGUUGUUUUUCAUUAUUGUACAAUUAAAUCCAGCAAUUAAAAAUAACCAUAAGUUACCAAUUGUGUUCAUUUGUUGUUAUUGGCUAGCAAUGAGUAAUUCAAUGUACAAUCCAAUUAUAUAUGUUUUAAUGAACAAGAAGUAAGUUGGCAAUGUAAUUUUUGCAUUUUAUUGUAUCUGCUGGAAAGAAACUUCAACUUCUAUUGCAUUAUGAUUCUGGUGUUAGUCCCCUUAGUUUACUGAAUAUAUACAGUAAAUAUUUACGUAAUAACACUUGAUAAGAAGUUUUAUUUAAUUUUCACUUUCGCGUAAAAUAUUCACUGUUUAUUUUCAGAUAUACAGAUAGAUACAUGUUUGAUCAAAUGCUUUUGUGGAACUAAAUACAACAGAUUUAACUGAAUUUUUCUACAAAUGCCCCUUUUUAUGAAAAUGAGCAUUAUGACAGUCUCGAGUGCUAAGAAUAUAUGUGUAUAUUGUGGUUUAGAUAAAGCUAUAAUGACGUUUUAGGUUCAGAGCAUUGCUAAGUGUAGUUUCGUUUCGAUAAAAAUGAGACUUUUAUUAUCACGUGUCUGUUUGAGUUGGAACUUUUAUUUUCAGUGUUUCGACCUCUGAUAAGUUGCUAAAGCUAAAUGUGAUUAGCAGUCUGGUGAUUUGAGUGUCCAUUAACAACUCAGUGAUGGCCACUAAACAGAUUUCUUGAAGUUGCAGUCGGAAGGCAUGAGCGUUGGUGUCCGCCAUGCCAAAGUGAAGUGGAUGCUAGCCAAAGGCAUCGGUAAAAGAGCUGUCACAGUUAGAAUUCACGGGUCAUUGAAUUCCAGCCCGAACGCUCGAAUGGUUAACAAGCCUGUUCUCAUAACCUGAAGGUCUCAGGUUUGGUCUGUGGUGGGGCCAUGAACAGCCUCAGAUAGGAAGAGACAGCUAUCCAUUGCUUUCUGGCUGGUGACGAAAACCGAACAACUGAAAUUAAUCCCAAUUACCCACAAAUACUAAAAUCUGAAAAUGAAUAAUAACAAAUAACAAGUAUAAUUUACUGUUAUUCGCAAAAUGCCAGGGUUUGAAGUUAAAAUCUGUGAGUCAACGUGCUUUACCCUCAGUAUGUAAUACCAAUAACCAUGUGACAUUCAAAAUGAUUGAAUGAAUAUUUGAUCAGACACAAUAAAAUGAAAUAAUCCCGUUUAUAAUUCCAAAAUGAAUGUGCUUUACUGUAUGGCAUAUAACUUAAAUUGUGUUAUUAUUCAUUCAGUGAUUAUGAAAUAUAACGAUGCGAUACUGGCUUUCUAAAAUCAUAUCUAUUUUAAUUCAAAAUGCUUGAAUUUGCUUAUGAAUGUCCAAGGCUAUUUUUCGUCAAGAAAUGGUGAAAGAUGUUGAAGUAAGACGAACGAUUCACCUCAUACAACGUUUUCUUUCCUCGAAAUUGUUUUUCAUAAAUAUGUCAUACAACUGUAGUGCAUGACAAAAAAUUAUUCAUUUAAACUCAUAUCGUUAGAAACCACCGAUGUUUACGACAAAAUCUACAAAAGCACCUGACAUAACUUAUAUAUAAAGCUGUAUCACCAGUUCAAGUAAAACAUCAUAUAAUUCACUCUUUUUUCCCAAAGCAAUGAGUACUUCAAAGAAAGAGUCACACAAUCUUCUAAUAUUUUAUUAAUUGCUACUGACGUAUGUCAUUUUCAGGACAGUGGAACACAAAAAGUACAAAACCAAAUAUGCCUUACUCUAUGGGAUACUAAUAAAUAAAACUGUGUUUCCCUUUGAAGUUCACAACUGUCAGAAGAAUACUCUAUAUCAGUAACAUUCCUAUCAUUACCAUAACCUAUUGAUUUCAACCGAAAUAACAGUACCAUUUGAGCGAAAUGCUUUUUAUCUAUUGACAUUACAAAUAUGUACAAGGGCUACUUCCACUAAUCAUGUGGACAAGCCUUGUGUAUUCAAGCAGAAGUCAAUGAAUAUUAGACAUUACUGUGCGUCGGUGGCACAGUGAUUAGGACUCUCGCCGACCAUGCACAUGGUCCGGGGUUCGAGCCCACGCCGGCGCACA